AUAUAAGACGUCGGAAGGCUGCGUGACGCUUUAAUGCCCACAGGGCGGGUCUUUCGGCGGUUUUCGAAUCAAUAGAUCUGGCAACCCGCCACAAGUCAGUUCUGAGAUGUAGAGGACUGGAGACACCGAGCGCAUGCACGAAGAUGCCCAUGGCUUUGGAAGAGGGGCGUGCGCGGCCGGUGGUCAUGCGGACUGCAGUGAGGUGCAUGUGGGAGCUUUUCCCCCACGCCGUGCUUAUCCUCUCCCUCAUCGCUUACGCCGUGCUCGGUGCCUUUCUCUUCCAGGAGAUCGAGGGGAGACCGAGGAACGACACGGAUGAAUACCGCAAUUUCGUGCGCCAGGUCGUCGACACCGUGCGCAAUCGCUCCGAUGAGUCUGAGGAGGUUCUCGUGGGUGCCAUUGAGCAGAAGAUCAGAACGGACUACCAGGCUGUGUGGUCUCAGAGUCAUAAAAACUGGACCUUUUAUGGCUCGCUCUUCUUCUGCUGCACCGUCUUCACCACUGUGGGCUAUGGAGAGAUCUACCCAGUGACUGGGCCUGGAAGAGCUGCAUGUAUCAUCUAUGCCAUGCUGGGAAUUCCACUCAUGCUUCUAGUCAUUUCAGAUGUUGGUGACAUUCUGGCCAAGUUGGUCUCCAAUGCUUACCAAAGGUUGCACUCUUAUUGCAAACGUUUUUCCUCUCAGCUGUGUAGCCUGUGCAAAAAUCAGGAAAAUUGCAACCCGCAGAACAGCGUCUAUGCUUUCAGUCAGGACAUCGCGGUGAGUAAACCACUGGACAUCCGCGAGGUGAUGAUCACCCAGUCCACUGUUAAGCAGAAGUCCAUACAGUUCCUCAAGAAUAUUGCGAUUUUUGAGAGCAUCAUCGCACACGAGAAGUUUGGUCAGAACGGACCUCUGAAGCGCACAAAGUCUUGCCCCGAGCUUAACCAGAUGCCACCGGUGCCUAAGGGCUUCAAGAUGUGGGACUUUAAUGCCAUCGGCCAAGAGAUGGAGAGUUUGAAUGUGCCGUUCACACUGAUCCUGCUAGUCGUCUUUGCUUAUAUUCUGGGUUGGGCAUUGAUCCUACCACUGUGGGAGACGGACUUAAAUUGGUUCGAUGCUUUCUACUUCUGCUUCAUAACACUUACGACUAUCGGCUUUGGUGACAUAGUGCCGAAACACCCUAAGUUUUUCAUGCUGACCUUCCUGUUCAUCAUCACAGGGAUGGCCAUCAUGAGUAUGGCCUUCAAGCUGGGCCAGUCACGCAUUAUCAGCUGUUACCACCGCUGCAUUGGCUGCAUCAGCUGCCUUGGUGUGGGAAAGAAGGGCAUGUAUAAGAUUCAGGGAGAUUAGUGAGUACUGUAAAGGAUAAACUGGUAAAAUCCAGUAAACAGAUGCAAUCGAGUAGAGAUUAAUUUAAGGUUCCUUAACGUUUUGCUCAUCCAAAUGAACCGAAAUCAUUUUCAAUGCUUGGAAUUCCACAAGCUCCACGGAGCAUUGUAGAUAGAUGGGAUCCAUCGGUGGAUGAAUUAUAAGUAUGUAUAAUGCAUGAGAGUGGAUGAUUUCAGCAUUUCACAUUCCUCUCAACUGAAUUGUGGAGAUUGUUGGACGACAAUGCGGCACUGCAUAACGGAUCUGCCAGUAUGGUGGAAGAGACCAAACCAGACCAAUUUUCAGUUCUGACAGCAUUUAUUUACUUAUGCUUACAACCGUUUUUUGUUGCUGUUGUUGUUUUCAGAGUCAAAAAUGACUUGUUACACAACCUAGUCUGUCUUUUACUAGAUAAGACUAGGAUUCAUAAAACGGAAUUCUUCUGCCAGGCUUUUGUAAUAACGAACAACAGGUUUUUCUCGACCAAACGUAACGUGUCUGAUUAGUUUCUUUUCUAUUGUUUGGAAUCUGGGAACUUAAUAUGCUUUUUUUUUACAGCAUAUUCAUGAAACAUUGCAAGUUCAUGUACCCAGAUUGAGCACUUCAGCAAGUCAGUUUAUGGCUGUAUAGCAUGUUAUCAGACCUGGUUAUCACUUUGCAUAUGCCAAAUAAAUAAAAAUGGUUUACUGUU